GCUUUAGUUCCCUGUUACGUGUUAGGAAUAGGAAGUCAUUUUUCUUUCUUCUGUGCAUCUGGGAAAUUGGUCUGAACUAAGAGUGGGACAAACAUUUUAAAACAGAGAAUCAAGAGAACAGACAGAAGAACCAUGCCAUCAGCUGAAAAAAUUUUGUACUUCCUGUCCAGCGCAUUGUUAACUGUUAUUGGUGUGGCCCUCCUUGGUUAUGGGAUGUCAGCAGAGUGGUCCUCUUCCGCCAUGGCCUGCUCACCUCCAGAAAACAAUUUCUUUAAUGGAUCUGCAACCAUUCGCUUGGGCCUGUUUGAAGGGCAAGAGUACCAUUACGCCUGUCCGAGAUUUGCCUCAGAUGGAAAUAAAGUCUUUGUGUUUAAAAGGUUGAGUGAGGUAGGGGGCGCUGGAGAAAGCUUACAUCUCGUGGUGGUUGUGCUUUUGGCCUUUGCUCUGGUGGCCUCUGCAGGUAGCAUACUCAUCACCCUCUACAACACCAUCAGUAAUCCAUAUGAAACCUAUAUGGGUCCCAUUGGACUGUAUGCCUGCAGUGGAUUAGGUGCAUGCUUGGCGUUUUUGGCAAUGGUCCUGUACUUUAGUAAUCUGGCUGGGAUCAAUGUAACAAGGGCGAUGCUGCUUGCAGGCAUAAAACAGACUGUAAUUCUGAAGGACGAGGAUGUGAGAUUCCUGGUUGGAUUUUUUAUGAUUGUGCCUUACAUUAUCUGUAACCUGCUCGCAAUAUUCCUGGUGUAUCUGUACGCACACAUGGCCUACCAACAACGCCAAGAACAGCAGAGACCCACGGAGGAUGCACCCAAAGAGAUUCUGAUGUAUUAAAAUAUAGAGGAGUCCAUCCAUAAGACUUUGCACUGGAGCAACACAGAUGUUUUCGAUGAAAAGCAACACAAAAUUCAUUUCAUUCUGUCUGUUUUAAAUAUUUUUAUUUUUUUUUAUUAAAUAUAAGGUUCGUGUUCUAUUGUUUUCUGCUUUGAGCAUUUGAUGUAACUGAAUGUCCUCUAAAUACGCUCAGAAAUGAUUAAAGCAAACAAUCUGUAUUUUUA